GGCGGGGAUGGCGGAGCAGUGGGAGCUGGACGAGGAAGGUAUCCGCCGCCUGGGGGCGCUGACGCUGGAGCAGCCGGAACUGGUGGAGUCUCUUUCAUUGCAGGGAUCUUAUGCUGGAAAAAUCCAUUCCAUUGGUGAUGCCUUCAGAAAUUUUAAAAAUCUCCGAUCCUUAGAUUUAUCAAGGAAUUUGAUCACUAGCCUUAAGGGAAUCCAGUAUUUAUGUUCACUCCAAGACCUGAAUUUAUACUAUAACAACAUUCCUUCAUUAGUGGAAGUGUCCCAUCUACAACCGUUACCCUUCCUCAAAGAACUGGAUUUGAGACUUAAUCCUGUUGUAAGGAAAGAUACAGAUUAUAGGCUCUUUGCUGUAUAUACACUAUAAACUCUGGAGAAAUUAGAUGACUGAACUGUACGUGAAGGUGAGAGAAAAGCUGCCAAGCUGCAUUUUAGUCAGUUGGGCAACAGUGAAAAUUUUCUUUUAGAGGUGGAAAAAAGCUCUAGGGAGAAGACAAUGAAAAACUGUGUAACAGGUGAGAGCUCUGCAUCAAAAGUCAGUGCUAAUGUUGACAGCAGGAUUGAAAUGGGUAAACUCAAAGGACUUUUUAUUCCCUUCCCCAACUGGGAAAUAAAGGAUUCUCUAAGUACUUCUGCAACUCAGGGCAAUGAUACACCUGAUCAGAAAUUAGACACCUUCCCACUGGGGACACAGACACAGGAAGUAGCAAGAAGGGAGAUGCCAAGUGACAAUCACCAGGAAGAUGAGUUCAGACACUACUCGCCUCGUCAGUCCACGGUCUGAACCCCAGAGAAGAUGACUAGAGAAGAGUACCAAGUAUCUUUUUUGGACAAUAAGUCUUCAGGUUCUUCUCCAGAAAAGGAAUUGAUACCAAAACCUGAUACUUUUCAUCUUACCCACGAUGCCUCAUUGAGUAAAUGCCUGGAUGUGGGUGAUUCUAGCCAGAUCCAUCCCUAUCAGUUACCUUCAGAUGUUGGUCUGGAAAAUUAUGACAGUUGUUAUUCUCAAACUCUAUCCCUGCAUGGAAGUCUUGGUAAAAGGCCUCAGAGAAGCAAGAACUAUCAAGAGUAUAGCAUAAAGCCUUCAAAUGACAUAAAGGCCACCGCUUCACAUUCCUGUGGAGACUUACUAACUUCUCUGUCAAACCCUGACUCCAGCACUGGAAGGCUUUUGAAGCUUAGUUCAGGUCCUGCCCGAGAUUUGCUUCCGUCUUUGGUAGUCCUGGUGCCUUCUCAGGCGAGGUGUUGCUCACAUCCUGAAGACACGACGAAAGCCUUCUGCAGGAGGGAGCUUGAACUGAAGGAGGCUGCGCAGCUGGUCCCUAAUGACAUGGAAAGUUUGAAGCAAAAACUGGUCAGAGUGCUGCAGGAAAACCUCGUUUUGUCAGAAAAAAUUCAACAGUUGGAGGAAGGUGCUGCCAUCUCAAUUGUGAGUGGGCAAAAGUCACAUACUUAUGAUGAUCUUCUGCACAAAAACCAACAACUGACCAUGCAGGUGGCUUGCCUGAACCAGGAGCUUGCCCAGCUGAAAAAGCUGGAAGAGACAGUUGCCAUUCUCCAUGAAAGUCAGAGAUCCCUGGUGGUAACUAAUGAGUAUCUGCUGCAGCAGCUGAAUAAGGAGCCAAAAGGUUAUUCCGGGAAAGCGCUCCUGCCUCCUGAGAAGGGUCAUCAUCUGGGGAGAUCAUCGCCCUUUGGGAAAAGCACGUUGUCUUCCUCCUCACCAGUGGCACAUGACACUGGUCUAAUACAGAGCGUCUUGGAUGCUGCCCCAGAGCCUGGCUUAUGGAGCUAGCAUGGAACUCACACCACAGCUUCCCUGGUCCACAGAGGCUCUCACCGCCAUUGCCACCAGUGUGGUGGUAUGUACUCACAAAGAUUAAGAAAGAAAUGUAUUCUGAUUAGAUUGUAUUAGUCCUUCUUUUUAUAUCUCUA